AUGCCCACUGUCUGUCCAUCCGUCCACUCGAUUUCACACCGCUGGUCUCCACAAGCAUCGGCAGCCACAGGCAGUGUGACGGCAAAGGCCGUGCUGGACUCGAGCCCCCCUCCCCGCACCCCAUCAUCCCGCCCUGCUGCCCCCCAGCCUCCUCUCCACCACCCUGAGGGCUGCCAGAUGGGAGUCCACCCCCAACUCCUGCACUCCAGGCAGCUGCCGGCGCGCUGCAGGACCCCUCUGUCCUGGGCCCAGGCCCUGGGGGCCCGCCCCUUGCUGCCCUGCCCUGCGGGGGGGCCCCUGCCCAGUGCUGGGCUGACCUGGGGUUCUGGGACCUGGCUGAGGAGGUCCUGUUCGUGCUGGCGUGGCUGUGUGGCUUUUCUGAAUGCUGUGCGUCCAUGUUGGGGUCCAGUCUGGAGGUGCUGCCCACUCUCGCGCCCGGCCGAGCAGCUCUAUCUCUGGGCUCCCCCUCCCCCGCCCCAGCCAGCCCUGAGCUCACCCGUGAGGUCACAAUGCUUGCAGCACCAUGGAACCUUGGCAAGGACAGGGCUGUGGAAUCGAACACUGUGUCCUGGGCACAGCCCAUGUGUUAGUGUGCAUGUAUGUGCGCGCGCGCGCGUGCACACCUAUGCCCUCAGCGUGCCCCUCCACCUCUGGUUCUCAGCUGUCUCUUUCCAGACACCUGUGGACCUGGCUGACAACCUGUGUAACCCUGGAGACCCCCCCGAGGCAGGAGGCCCAGCUAAAGCCCGCCUGGAUUCCUGA